CAGGGGUGCUCCAACCCCGGAGCACCCACAGAAUCGGCCCCUACGUCCUCAGUGAAUCAUGUGCUUAAUACUACAGUGUUGAGAACUAUAGACAAAUCUUAAAGCUAGAUUAGAUGUGUUAGUUAGGCAGGGCUAACCCGCUUAAUAAAGCACUCAGUUGACACAGCAUUCUUCAUUAAAGUCUCUUGACAGGAGAGAUCUUAAAAGACUCCCACUGCUUGAUAAUGCAGUGAUAUGUAGAAACAAUGAACUUUGUAUAGGGAUUUGAUAUGUUUUACUUUACUUGUAGUGACCGUAGUAGUUAGACCAUGUAUAGCAAUGUAUGCAUUGAUUUUUUGGUGUUAUCUUCAGAACUGACUGGAGUUAACAAAGUGGUGGAAUAAAAAGGGUCACGUUGUAAUAUGAGUACUGUAAUACCUUGUGAUACCUCUGUACUCAACACUGAUUCACAUAUAGUGACCUUCCCAGUUAUGAUUUAGAACAAUUAGUAAACAAUACAAUGUAGUUUAAUAUACAUGCCUUCCAAUAAGCCAUAUAUUGAUGAGCUCCACAAAGGGGGAAUAUAUAUAUCAGUAAUAUAAGCAACCUUCUGGCUAUCUCAUUGAAUCGUAAUUACAUAUUGAAAACAAACAGUGUGGUUGCUCAAUAAUUGUAAUGUAACUAUUUUGUAAUUACUGUACUCUUAAAAUGCCAAAAGUUAGCUGAAAUGUUAGUCUUUGAUACAUCCCCACCUAACUAUGCUAGCGAAACAAAAGCUUAAAUUUUAGAUCUUUACCUUGUCUCCUUCAAGUCUGUUUUCGUAGAAAACAGCAAUCCAGCACUUGUAGGGAGAUGGAUUCAGCAAUACAAGGUCUUUGCCAUCUCUAGCUAUCUUUUGAAUUUGAAAAUGAGACAUGUUGGAACCCCUUGAGUAGUAGUUUCUAACUAGCAUAUAAGAAGUACUGAAGUGAACAGUGAAUUAUAUGUAGAAUCCAUGGAGAAACAGAUCUCAUGAAUGACCUUAAAGAUGGCUGAGUUGUAAUCACAUUAUUUUAGUAUCAGCUGGCCUGGAAGCAACAAGUUUGAAAAAACUUAGGCCUGGUUUACACUGCGCUCCCUCCCUCUCCCUCAUGGCGGCUGACCCCAGCCUGGCUGCAUCCUCCUGAACAUUCCUCCAUGGCCCCCUGAGAAGGUGUGUCCUGCAGUUUGGGGACCACUGAUCUAGCCAGUCCCAGCAGACAAGCACAGAUGAGCCCCAAGAAGGGAAAGGGACCUUGGAUAAGUGUGUGCAUGCAUUCUUCCUUACAGGGUUUAAAAGAUAGCGCCUAGCCCAUCCCCCAGUUAACUAACACAGGUAUUGACUUCUCAUUGUUUUACUUGUAGAGAAGAGGUAUAAGUACAACACACAGAGGUAGAGUUGGCAUCUAUUUUUCAUUCUGCUGUUGGGUUAGGCUGGGGGAGUGUGAGGGAGGGCUAUGUAGAACAUCUUAUUUAUGCAUACAGAGAUGUCUUUUGUAACCUCAAUGAAAUUUUAGAGAGAGACUCUGCAAUCCUCUCCCAAAGGUUUCUAGGGAUGGCUGCUUUAUUUUUUCCUUUGUAGCAGGAGGCCAUUCCAUGCCACUCCCUGGUAAGACUGGAUGACACCAAUGCAGUAAACAAGUUAGUGGUAUAUGGGCUCGGGUGGCUUCACGAUGCUAAUAGCAGCUGUGUUCUCUAUACCUUUAUUACUCUCAGCACUAAGAUGUCAACUAAAACUACCACUGCCUGUAGCAGUAUAGUAACAAUAUUCACUGCCAUUGCCCUAUACUCCUACCCCUGGUAUGGGGACAAAAAUCGUAUUAUUUUGUGCAACCAAAAAUCCAUUAUGCCCCUUGCCAUUACCAUGGAGAGUGGUGCUGUUCAGAGGCACUUCAAUGCUGAAGCAUCAAUAAGCAUGUCUUAUUAAAGCAGUUAAGGGAAUAAGGGAAUUAACACUACACACUGCAUGUGGGCUAUUGCUGUACUGAGCAGGGCUGUUCUCCUAAACCUGGAACUUUAGGGAAUUCUUGUAAUGGUAUGGCAGUAAUUAUUAAUCUCCAGCUGCAACCUCACAAUGACAAAUUCCCCUCUGCUCUGUAAAUUCUUCCUCCUUGACUCCCCUGUAGCAGCUCACCCACCAACCCACCCAAUUUAUCUCCUCUAUACCUUAUCAGUUUAUUUAUGCACACUACAUAACAGCACUGCACAUUCAGUUGAAUGAGUCAUUGUUGCUCUGAGGAAAGAGGGUGGUGACUCAUACUGCAUUCAGAACUCCUGGUGACCACCUGCCUGGACUCAAUGUGACAAGGCCUCUGAGAAAAUAUCUUUUAUUGAACCAACUUCUGUUGGUGAGAAAGACAAACUUUGCACCUACAUAGAGCUGUUCUUCAGGCCCCAGGCAAAGCUAUGUGUAGCUAAAAAGCGUGUCUUUCUCUCCAACGGAAGUGGUCCAAUAAAAGAUAGAUAUUUCCUCACCCGCCAUGCCUCUAAAAUCCUGGGCCUCACUCACUCUGGCCCUUUUUAAAAUCAAACCGCACCCCAUGGAAAACAGGGAAAGCCUCUAUUUCCAAACAGCUCCACGCUAGGAGGCACCCAGGCAAUCUUUAGUAAAGAGGGGCAGGCUCUGGCGCAAGGACACUAACUGCUGCCCUCCGCCUGUGGGGACCGUUCAUGCGCAGCUGCUUACGCACUCAGAUCCUCCACUGAGCUGCCAAACCACCGCUGCGGCGCUGUGCCUGUGCACGUCCGUCACGGUGACAUGCUGUCGGCAGCCCAGCACGUUCACCCGCCCUGCCCGCGAAGGAGGGCGGCCUCUGCUCCAGCCCGGGGGUAGCCCCAGCCGCCUCCUUGGAGCAGCACAGUGGAACACGCACUGAACUCAGGCCCGGCUCCGCGUGCGCAAGGGUCGGACCAAGCCCUGAGGGCGCACCGUCCCUCUCUCUUCCAUGUUGCUUUCCCGUCUCUGUGCGGAACGUUCCUUCCGCUUCCGGCGCGUAGCUCCUUCCGCUUCCGGUUUGCCCAGCCGCCGGGGCCCCGGUGAGAAUGGAGGCUCACGUGGCUCAAUAUUCCGCUCGGCUCCUGCAGCAGGAAAAAGAGAUCAAGAUCUUGGCUGCAGAGAUUGAUCGACUAAAGAACUUUGGCUGCUUGGAAGUAUCUCCAAGUUUGGAAGGAUUGCGAGACGAAAACGCAAAGCUUAAGUACCGGCUGAACAUUCUUCAAAAGAGUCUUCAAGAGGAGAGAAAUAAGUCAGUGAAAAGCAUGAUUAAUAUCAACAGCCGCAUUCAGGAGAUCUUUAGAGAUGCCAUCAAGGCUGCAUAUCCGGAUUUAGAAAACCCCCCACUGGCAGUCACGCCAAGUCAGCAGCCCAAAUUUGGGGAUUACCAGUGUAACAGUGCUAUGAGCAUAACAAAGAUGCUUCCCAAAACCAGCGAACAGAAAGUGAGCCCAAGAGAAAUUGCUGAGAACAUUUCGAGAUAUAUUCCUGAAAAUGAAUACAUUGAGAAGGUUGAAAUCGCUGGUCCUGGUUUUAUUAAUGUCCACUUGAGAAAAAAUUUUGUGUCCAAACAACUGAGCAGUUUACUGGUGAAUGGAGUUCAACCACCGGCUAUGGAAAACAGGAAAAAGGUGGUGGUUGACUUCUCUUCCCCUAACAUUGCCAAAGAGAUGCAUGUUGGUCACCUGCGCUCGACUAUUAUUGGAGACAGCAUGUGCCGUCUGUUUGAGUUUGUGGGCUAUGAUGUUCUGAGGUUAAACCAUUUAGGAGAUUGGGGCACCCAGUUUGGAAUGCUCAUUGCUCACCUCCAAGAUAAAUUUCCAGAUUUCCUGACUGUUUCACCCCCCAUUGGGGAUCUCCAAGCUUUUUACAAGGAAUCCAAGCGGAGAUUUGACACAGAGGAAGAAUUUAAGAAGCGAGCCUAUCAAUGUGUGGUGCUACUACAGAGCAAAAGUCCAGACUUCAUUAAAGCAUGGAAACUGAUUUGUGAUGUGUCUCGGAAAGAGUUCCAAAAAAUCUAUGACUGCUUGGACAUUAAACUAGUAGAGAGAGGGGAAUCAUACUACCAAGACAAGAUGAAAGAUAUUGUGCAAGAAUUUGAAGAAAGAGGAUUUGUCCAGAUGGAUGACGGGCGGAAGAUUGUGUUUGUCCCAGGAGGCUCUGUUCCUUUAACAAUCAUGAAGUCAGAUGGAGGUUUCACAUAUGAUACAUCUGACUUAGCUGCUCUUAAGCAAAGGCUAUUUGAGGAAAAGGCUGAUAUCAUUGUUUAUGUAGUGGAUAGUGGACAGGUGAGUACCCAGACCUCUGCUUUGUUGUUCAGAGCCAAGCAGGAUUUUUGUCUAUGUGCUUUCAGGAAAAAGUUCAAAACUCGUUCAGGGGAAACAGUGCGGCUCAUUGAGCUACUGGAAGAGGGGCUGAAACGAUCAAUGGACAAACUGAAGGACAAAGAGCGUGACAAGGUCCUAACUGAAGAAGAACUGAAGGCUGCCCAGACAUCAGUUGCUUUUGGCUGCAUUAAAUACGCUGACCUCUCCCAUAACAGGAUGAAUGAUUACAUCUUUUCUUUUGAUAAAAUGUUGGAUGACAGAGGAAAUACAGCUGCUUACUUGCUCUAUGCCUUCACUCGAAUCAGAUCUAUAGCACGUCUGGCCAACAUCGAUGAAGAGAUGCUGCAGAAGGCAGCUAGAGAAACAAAGAUAUUACUGGACCACGAAAAGGAGUGGAAACUGGGCAAGUGCAUUCUGAAAUUCCCUGAGAUUCUGCAGAAGAUUUUGGAUGAUCUCUUAUUACACACACUCUGUGACUACCUCUAUGAGCUGGCCACCACCUUCACAGAGUUCUACGAUAACUGUUACUGUGUGGAAAAAGACAGACAAACUGGAACAAUAGUGAAGGUGAACAUGUGGAGAAUGUUGCUGUGUGAAGCAACAGCUGCCGUCAUGGCCAAAGGGUUUGACAUCCUGGGCAUCAAACCAGUCCAGAAGAUGUAACUACUUCUGCAUUUGGACCUCUUGUAUUUUACUAAACUCGUUUUCUUAGCUGUCAGAGUGGAGUCUGAUUGAAAACCUACUUUAAAAAUAAAAAAUUGCUAACAUGUGGAUUGAA